UUUUUGAAGUUGUUAAUUAUAAAUAAGGAGAUAUCAUGUUACUUUUAUGGAAUGUUUGCAGUAUAUAUUUACACGCUUGAGACAGAUGACACAUGUACAUCAUAUAUCUUAAAUUCUUUCAUUCUUCUUCUUCUUCUUUUUUUGGUAUGGAAGAUAGGAAUUCAUGACCUUGCACUUACCAAGCAGUGCCUGUGCUACUGAGCGAAAUCCCUAGCACUUGAUUCGUUUUUCCAUCACUUUCCUCUCCUUAACCUUCCCCACCUCUUGGUCCCCUUACCUUUAAGUAACAUCUAUUUUCCUAGCUCCUACAUCUUUUAUGUUUUAUUAUCUAUAAUCUCUUCUUCUCAUGUAAGGGAAAUUACAAUAUUCAACUUGUGUGUUUGAUUUAUUUCAUGUGACAUUAGGACUCAAGUUCAUCCACUUUCCCAGAAACCUCUUCUGUCUAAUUUUACUUUAUAGCACAGUAGUGCCCUGUGGCAUGAAAAUAGCACCCUGGCUUACUCAUUCAUCCACUGAACUUAUAGAGUACUACCAUGAUUUAGGUAUCAUGAAUCAAGCUGUGAUAGCUUUUAAAUUUCACUUUCAGCCUAAAUUUCUGUUUAUUCAACCAUAAUAUUGUUCUUAAAUAAAAUGGUGUCAUGGUCUUAUUAAGUGUAUCUCAAAGGUAUGAAUCCACUACUUAAAUAUAUUGCACACUAUUGAUAUACAUAUACAUAUCACACAGAGAUGAUAUCUUAUAAGUUAUAUCCAGGUCAAUGGAUUUUAAUUAGAACUUAAUUUAGGAAAACACCCCCAAUCUAACUGUAUACAUCAUGUGCGGUGAAGGCAAUGAUGAAAACGAAGUGGGUGAGAAACUUCACUCAAAAUCCCAGUACAGAAAGCAAAAAGGAACAGGAAAACAGAAGUAGAAAAUAAAGGAAGAGCAUUCAGAAAAUGAAGCUGGUGAGUUCCCUAUUUAAGUCAUCUGAACACACCAGGUCUUCAGAGAACCCACAGGCAAAGGUUCAGGAUCACACAUCCAUUUCACACAGCCCAGCAGCAUCAGCAGGAUUACCCAUGGCCUGGCCAUUGUCUGGACUGGUGGCCCUGCUGGUGCUCACCAUCAUGGCAUCAGGCUCUCUGGCGUGCACCCUGCCACAGACCCACAGCCAGAGGAAUGCAAGGGCCCUGCUUCUCCUGGAACAAAUGAAGAGAAUUUCCACUUUCUCCUGCCUGAAGCACAGACAGGACUUUGGAUUGGCCCAGCUGAACUUUGAUGGCAAGCAGGUCCAGAAGGCUCAGGUCCUCUCUCUCUUCCAUGAGAUGACCAGGCAGACCUUCAACCUCUUCAGAUCAGAGGACUCAUCUGCUGCCUGGAACCAGAGCCUGCUGGACACCUUUUGCACUGGCCUCCAUCAACAGCUGAGUGACCUGCAGGCCUGCCUGACCCAGAAGGUGGGGCUGGAAGAGCCUCUCGUGAUGCAUGAGGACUCCAGACUGACUGUGCGGAAAUACUUCCACAGGAUCACUGUCUACCUGAAGGAGAAGAGCUAUAGCCCUUGUGCCUGGGAGGUGGUCAGAGCAGAAAUUGUCAGAUCCUUCUCUGCAUCAGAAAAACUGGCAAGAAAGAUGCAAGACUAAAGAAUGAGUCUGGGUUUAACACGGAAAUGGUUGUCAUUAACCUUAUCACACUUUCACAGUUCUACCAUUUGAAGACUCUCAUUUAAUUUCUCUCCAUAACAUGCUUUAUUUGUCCAAAGUUUUCAGGAGUACUGGGCAACACUGUGUUCAUCUGGUCCUGGAGAUGUUCUUCCAAAUGACCUGGGAAGGAUAGAGCAUCUAUUUAUUCAUCUCCUUUAAGAUUUAUUUAUUUAUUUAUGAGAUUAAUUAUCUUUUUACAUUAAACAUCUGCAUGCUGUUACUUUAAUAAAACAUGUUGUGUUUGUAUUA